AACAAAGGUUACGCGUUCGUCAACUUCACGAGCCCAACGGCGGCCUGGAACUUCUACCUCACCGCCGACAACCAGCGGUGGUCUCAUUGCAGAUCCCGUAAGCUGGCCACGAUCGUGAGCGCCAAAUUACAGGGGCUCAACCAGCUGCUCGCUCAUUUCGAACCCACCGUUUUCCCCUGCCACUCCGACGACUUUCUGCCCGUCCGCUUCGAUCCACCACGGGACGGCUCCAACAAAGAUAUGGUGAAACAGUGGACGGUAGGGAGGCUCCGCUUCUGA